AUGGCGAAUCCAACUACUAUGAAAUAUUCAAAGGCCCAUGUCGCCAAAGAUAGAAAAGUUAGAUGGCGAAGCAUCAAUAAAGGGUGUCAACAAAAAGUGUAUACAAAAGAAGGUGAUGAAAAUUUCGGUUUACAGAUUGUUGGGAAUAUAAGCCCACAAAUUUCUACUAAAAGCACUGGUGAACUGGAGACCGAAGCCAUCACAGGCUUAGAAGAGUGCGUUUCAAAUACUAGUACAGAUAAUGGACACCGAAGUUCCGAAUUACAGGAACCUUUUGAAAAAUUUAACAAUAGUAAAAAGUUAAAUCACAAUAUUGAAGAUAAUGCUACUAAAUGCUUUGAAGUAUCCACACACCUCGAAAGUACAGGGUUUCGGUUUUUAGUGUCGGAGUAUAGUUUCUUGCCCAAUGACAGUGAUUUUGGUGAUGUGGAAUGCGCCCUCAAAAGGCAUACUAAAAUGUACUCUCCUGAAGACUACAUCCAAGUUAUGAAAUCCUGUAGAAGGAAGCACCCCAUUGAGGUAGUAUCCAUGAAAAAGGCAGUCUUUGUUAGUACCCUGAAGCUUGAAAAAGAAAUAUGUAAUAGAAAAAAAUCCCGCCAGGAAAAAAAGAUAAAUUGGUUAAAGAUUAAAGAAAUAAAAAUUUUAAAAGAAAAACCUUAUAGUAUAUUUAACAAAAAUACCUACGAAGACACCGACACCGAUUACAAAGAAAUUGAUAUUAAAAAGGGAAAGGGUAAGCCACAAAAAACACCAUUCUCUCGGCAUUUGCAACCUCUUUGGCCCAAUGGAAAGCCUGUAGCGGAAGCUAAACUGAAGGAUAUCGAGAGUUAUCUGUACCUAAUUCCUUUGGCCGACCAUCCCUUUUAUGUUAAUAUUAUUAGUGAUAAUACAAUAAAGGAGGACCUACAGGGAUACAAUGGGGAGCUAGAUUUCGAGAUAGAAGAAGACUGA